AUGCCGAAAGCUCGAUUCACGUAUACACAAGGAAGCUUGGUGGUCUAUACGAAAAGGACACUGGAAAGCCAUGGGACAAAUUUAUUAGAGAUUAUCUUCGCGAAUACGGCCGACGUUUCAUCACGCGAGAAUGGGGGCUGCGCAGAGAACCCAAAGUCAAGCCUCCUAUGGGCCGACUUCAUCUGCCACAUCUACUUUCUCUGGGACCGAGAUACUUCACAUUUCCACAUCGGGCUCGAUCGACUCGACGAUGCCACUAUUCGCCAUAAUUGCAUGUUUUCUGGUUGCCGAAAGCAUGAGCUGGUCUAUGCCAAGCCUAAGAAUCUGAAGGAGCUUGUCGAAAAGCUGGAUGAGGAAUCGGACGCGUAUACCGAUGUAGAGCAUGACUCGAACGAAUGUAUACCGCGUCGGGUUAAGGAGUGCUGGAUCUGUGGACUAGCGGACGAGCGGACGAACAACCCGACGCUGAAGGUUCUCUGCUGGGAAGAUAUUGAUUUCUGGAUUCUCCAUGACCCCGAAGGCAAUGGCGGUUGGGAUCGCUUGGCCACGCAAAUACUCCUUCGCUGGCAUAAAGGCGAGAACAAGCAGAUCGUCCCGACAUGA